AUGGAUACAUCUCAGAGAAUAAAAAUUUUCAUCUGGAAAUGCUUGCAAGAUGCAUUACCAACUAAAACAAAGAUUAAAUCAUUUAUAAAUGAAGACAACAAUUGUGUUUUCUGUCAAUCAGUGAGGGAAUCCACUUAUCAUUUGUUCUUCGAAUGUGCAUAUGCAAGAGCUGUUUGGAAUUUACCUCCAAUGCCAUCUCAGGGAGUACAUCUUACCUCUAACUCUGUUAAUAAAUCUUUCUUAGAUCACUACAAUGACUGGAAAACAGGAAAUCUACAAUCUAUAUCUAUGGCUUUGGAAGCAACUAAGUGUUGGUUUAUAUGGAAAGAAAGGUGCCUUAGAGUUUUUGAAAACAAAAAUAGAACCCCGGAGCAAUUAACAAUAGAUAUUACCAGACAUUUUGCUUAUUGGCACCCAGAAAAUAGGAAACAGAAUAAGGCAAUUAGCAGUAAGAAAACGAUACGAAAUAUCAACUGGACUUUACCUUCUACUAAUACAAAUAAAAUAAACAGCGAUGCUUCAUGGUUGUCUGAAAUUACAAAUACUGGUUUUGGUUUUAUAUUGCGUAAUUGGACAGGAACUUUCCAAGCAGCAACAGUGGGAAGUUGCAGGACCUUCUCACCAGAAGAGGUAGAAGCUGUAGCUCAUCUCAGAGCUACUCAAUGGGUUGUUACAAACAAGAUACAACACUUGGUGAUUGAAGGGGAUAACCAGACAACAAUCAAUUACCUACAAGGAAAAGAAUCAACAGUCCAAUGGCAAUGCUUAGCCAUGUUAGAAGAAGUAAAGUUAUUAGCAGAUCAACUAGUUUCUUUUUUAGGUUUUCAGUAUGUAGACAGGAGAGCAAACAAGGUGGCGGACUUGUUAGCAAAGAAGGGAAGAAGCACAAACACUACAACUUUUUGGAAUGACCCAUCUCCUAGUUUUUUAAUUCCUUCAAUCGCUUUUGACACUGUCAAAGCCUGUAAAAUUUGUAACUUAAAUGAUAAUAUCUCUGUAAUUUCUCAAGCCGGUGUUAAUCCUAAAAAUUCAGUCAUUGGAAGAGCUACUCAACAUGAGUGA